GCCGCGGCGCGGGACGCGGCGUGGCGCGGAGAGCAGCUCUCCUCCCAGCUCUACAAAAACAAGCAGCUUCAAGAUACUUUGCUUCAGAAGGAAGAGGAACUUGCUAGGUUACAUGAAGAAAAUAAUAACCUCCGACAAUACCUGAAUUCUGCCCUGAUUAAGUGUUUAGAAGAAAAAGCCAAGAAACUGCUAUCCUGCCAUGGCCAAAAAACCUGUGCUGUUCUCAAAAGCACCAAGAAGAGAUUAAAAGAGGACCACUGCUUUGUUCCUCAGGAAAUUCCUCAUGCUUCCAAAGCUAGAAGGAACCUCUAUAAUGAAUUCACUGCCUGUGAAGAGCAAGCCAGCCCUGCUGUGGACAGCUGGGUCUUGCAGACUUUAGGAUUAAAAGACGUCAACACCAUUGAUGAAGCUUCAGCUAACUACAGUGCCCUGUCCUCAGACACUGGAAAAGACACAUACUGCCUGAGCCCUGCUGAAGCAGUAGACUACGAGCACAGUGGAGGAGCAGGAGCAGCAGCGUACAGUUGCAGCCACAUCCCUCCAGCUAACAGCAGUACCCACCCGUGCAGCGAGGACUCUCCCUUCCUCACUCAGUUUUCUUCAGCACCAUGUGUCUCUUCAUCAGUGCCAAGUGUUUCCUCCCUCCCACCCUAUGGGUUGCCCUAUUUGACCGGCCAUUUGUCACCCAACAAAACAGAAGUGGCCUUCUCAACGUCGUUAAGUCCCCACCGCAACGUAAGAACGCACACCUUCCACCAGGGACAGGCCUUUGUGCGCAGGGAUGAGGAUGGAGGGUGGAGAUUCACCUGGGUGCCCAAGCAGGCUGAGUAA